AUGGCCGACAACGCAAGCCCUCCAAAGCCAGAUGGCUUACCUGAGGGUGCCAAAUAUGAGGCUCCGAAACCUCCCAAACAAAAUCCCGCCCUGCGCAUGAUGGGAAUGCCCAACCUCCGAUUGAGAUUGCCUUCGCGCAAUUGGAUGAUCUUCCUAACUAUCGUUGGAUCCUGGACUGCCGCCGUUGUUUACGACCGGAGGGAAAAGAAGAAAGCUCAAAAGAAAUGGUGCGACUUGGUCGCUCACAUCGCCCAGGAGCCUCUUCCGGCAAACCAGAUGCCGCGGAAGUUGACUGUCUUUUUAUCUGCUCCUCCCGGUGAUGGCAUAAGACCCUCGAGACAGUAUUUCAAAGACUACGUCAAGCCCGUGCUGGUCGCCGCGGCAAUCGACUACGAUGUAAUCGAAGGUCGGAAGGAAGGCGACGUCCGAUAUGGAACUGCAGAACAAAUACGAAGACUACGGCGGAAAAAGGGUGAACAGGAACCCAAUGCAGCAGAGCCAGAAAUGGAUACCGAAGCAGCGAUAGAUAUGAUCCGGGAUAAGAUGCAGAUUGUGCCGGAACCUGGAGUUCGAGGGGAUCUCGUCCUUGGAAGACACACUUGGAAGGAGUACAUACGAGGGCUGCAUGAGGGCUGGCUAGGGCCAGUCAAUGAACCGCCAACGCCAGUUGAACCUGCGUCCAUCUUCGAAGCUGAACCCUUAUCUGCACAUGUUCCCAACGAAGUUCGCACAGAUGAUUCUCCGACGGCCACAGAAAACACUGAAACAUCGAAAUCCGACACCGAAAAGAAGCCAAGUGAGGGAGAAAAGAAAGAGGAGGAAAAGAAAAAGCCAUAUCCACCACCAGCGUACCUCUCCAUCGAUAAAUAUCCGUCCGCUAAUUUGUCGCCUAAUACUCCAAGCAUAUUCGAACCGUCUCAGCCGAUCUAUCAACAACACCUCUUAGGCUUCCUCAAGACACCCCAGCGGAUAUACCACUUUCUCACCCGGCGCUAUCUAGCGGACCAAAUAGGUCGAGAGACAGCAGCCAUUGUGCUUGCCGCAAGCAGACCGUACGAACAAAACAUUUCGUCGAACACAUUCUCCACGGACCAGUCAGAUUUGGACGCAACCCCCGUCGCUACUAAAUCACCUGAAUCCGAUGCAUCUUUCUCUUCGAUAUCACUGCCACCGCAGAACCAGACGAUCUGGGAACAGCAAUCUCUCCUCAUCCAAGAGGAAGCCACGUGGCACAAGUCCGUGCGCAAGCUUCGCAAGGAUGACGAUGAUGCAUCCUACGAGCCCAUCUGGGUCAGCGACAUGGUCAUCGACGAAAGGAUAGGUUCGCGAAUGAGAAAGUUCCAAUUGGAUGCAGAAGAGGAGGCGAGAGCGGAGAGGAUUGGUCGGGGAGAAGAAAAGGCAAGGGUGAAGGAGGUGGUGGAUUUGAGGAACGAGAAAGUCGUUAUCGGCAACUUGGACGAUGACUGA